AUUAUUAUAGUUCGCGGGUUUAUUGAUUUGUCAAUAUACUCGCUAGAGCGCGCAUUCCCAUUCAUUCCCGGACGUUCUUUAAAUACACAUUGAAAUGCAUAUUGUAAAUUGAGAAUGAAAAAUGCCUAAGAAAAAUGGGCUUAAUUCCUGCAGAUGAAAUUUUGAUUCCGCCUAUAAAAGGGAGGCGAGGUUGACCUGGUCGCGCCAGGAAAAUCAGAAGGGAACUGGUCGCUUCAGUAUCUCUUGUCUGAUGGGUUUCGUAAGGAUUCACAAUUGAUAAGGAAAUUGUGUAUGAAACAUUCCUCUCAUUAUUGCAAAUUUACUAGAUAAUACGCCAUAAGCAAAAAAAAGAAGCAUUUUCAGCAUAUUUCUUAUCUCGUUGUCGUUGUUAAGAUUUUCAUGAAACACCUGAAUACUUAGAAAGAUUGAGAUUUCACUCAUACUCGAUUAAUAACUUAAAAUGGAUCCGUAUCAAAAGUAUUCUUCGGUCAAAGGAAUACUUUGGAUAAAGGUCACUGUUUUAUUCAGUGGGGCUGACCACCUUACUGCAUACAAACAAAAUCAAAAUCUGCACCAUUUUAAAUUAUUUCUUUAUAUUAUAAGAGUUUGACAAAACGGGUUUGACAAAAGUAUUGCAAAAUCCCGACUCAAUAGUUAUCACUUGAAGCAAGGUGUAUUAUGAUGGCUCCAGAAAUGGGACACGUGUCUUGCUGUUGCCUUAAUAACUAAUUACAUACAUACUUAUUUAUCACAAUUCAUGAAAACUAUGUCCUUUUAUAUCCCUAUCGAUACUUAAGAAUAUUGUGAUCACUUCCAUCUUCGUAAACUUUGUAAAUUUUCGUAAAGUUGGUUAGCAGCGUAAACCGAGUAAAUGAAGCUUUUCGUCUAACAAGUGCCUAUCAGAAAGUUGUAUAAAAAUGCACAAUGGAUGGAUAAGGUCACUAGUAAUAUUUGGUUCAAUUUUUUGCCAAGAAAUUUUUUUAAAUAAGUUGCCCAGAAAAAUAAAGGUAUCAUGGUCAUCUCAUGGAGCAUAUGUAUAUAAAUUUAAAAAUGAAUUUGGUUCAGUUCACAUUAUAAGGUCACCAUGAAUUAAGUUAAUUGAAUAUUUUACUUAAUACUGGCGUAUCAUUUUCAUCCUACGAUUUUAAGAGCAACGUUGGAAAUACUCAAAAAAUAAUGCACCUCAUCCAGGCAUGGAUUUUAUUAUUUUCGUCACUAUCUUCACAAUGGGCGGACUCACGUCACCUUCGUCGGACAUGCAAAAUAUUUAAAAAAUUAAAGUAUGAAUCAUGGGAAGAAAAUUAUUGUGACUUUAAACUAAAACUUGAAAAUUGGCAGGAAAAUAUUUCGUUACGUAAGUCGCAUCUACAUAAAUAUCGCAUAUGGUAGGAAAUUAUAAUUUUUUAUGAACAUAUUAUUAUCCUGACCAUUAUGCUUUUGAAUUAAGAACGAAGUAAAACACGGCGCAAAAUAAGUAAGAUAAUCAUGUGCAAACAGAAUGACAUGGAUUAUGACCGCAGCAAUCUCUUUAAAGUGUUACACAGGGUUCUACGGUACAUUACAUGCUUAAGUUAUGUCAGGUAUUCAACUGGUGUCAAGGUUGUAAUCUGUGGAUUUAAUUAAAUCGGGCAAAUUCUAAUAAGCCUAAAAAAUUAACACCGAGUUCAAUUCUUAAUUUUCCAUUGGAAUUCUUAAUUUUAUUCUAUUUUCAGUUCUUCUGGUAUUUUAUAAAACAAGACGACACCCUGCGAUAUCAUUGUUUUUAUUUAAGAAAAUUAAUAUUUUCUUUUAAAUUUCAGUUUCUCUGCUUAGCCGCUUAUACAAAUUGGUAGAAAUUGGUGGCUGGAUAAGUUAUCUUAUUUAUUAAUUUAUCAUUUUUGCAUGACAAUUUCCGAAUUUGGUUUUAAUCAUUGUCGUUCAAUUUUACAGCCAUAUUCUCUUCUCUCUCUUCACUCGCUCAAUCUCUUUAUUUUCAAAUAAUAGUAAUGUAAUUAGUAAAGGUGUAUUAAUUCGACUUUACAAAAUCUUAUCAAUUUGUUGAUGUUGUAUAGUUAAAUUGUAAAAAUGAAUUCUUAUAGUAUUUAUGCAAAUUUUAAGCAAUGCAAAUUGUUACAUAUUAGGUUAAUUGCAAAUUAUUAUUGUAAUAUUAGUGCCUAAAUUCUAUUCCAUGCGGCGUACUUUUUGUGUCAUAAUUGUGAUCUGUUGAGACUAUACUUGGUCAAAUUAUCACUCCAGUCAGAAAUAUCACAUGGAAAAUUGUCUUUGGCGUAAACUUGCAAUGCUUCUUUGCAUUAUGUAAUCUUGUCUUUAAUCCGUUACCAGGUUAUAAUGUUGAAACAACCAUCUACUAUUAUCCAAUAUUUGAUCUGUCAUAUCUGAUCUGAACUUUUACACAAAUGUGAUCCUUCUGUAUUACGUCAUCAAAAAUUCUCGAUUUUACCACCCACCCACCCAACGUAAACAUGAAGGGAUAGAGGAUUCUAACAUGGGAAAGAUAGGAAGGCCUAAGCCACCCACUAAAAUUAUGACGUAAUAUGUGGACGUUCCCUAAUGUUGAAAUAAUUUCAACAACGCUAAAAAUUAUAUUUCUUCACAAAACUCCAAUUUGCGCAUGUAUGGAUGUGCGGUCAGUUUGGUAUGGUCAAUUUGGAUCUCGUGUUUUUGUGGGUGUAACAGCCUUAGAAAUCAAAGAACGGUGCUCAAAUUUUGAGCACCGUUAAAAUAUGGUGAUUUCAUCCAUCUGUUCCUGGCUGCGUGUCAAAGACGUGAAAAACUGUCGCCUCGUCUCCCACGACUGGAACAUCGCGGCCAAACCGAUCCUCAAGCAGAAAAGUGUUAUUAACCUUUCCAGUAAAUUUUACGAAUCAGAUAUCGCUCGAAAUGAGAGGUUCCGAAGACGUAUGGCCUCCUUCGGACAGCCCCACCAUGUCCACAUUGAGGUCUCCAAGUACUCCAGACUUCACGGCUUGACGAGUACAAAUGAACUUAGCAAUGUCAACUUUUUCACGAAAUUCCUGUCCCCUCAAAAACUCGGGAUAACUGCAGAGAUUAGUUCGGUGUUAAUGGUCCAAUUUUUGGAAAAGAUCCUCCUCAAUUCGUCUUCCAACUUGGUCCAAGUCGAGUUAGGUCUGGAUGUCGAUGACGAUUUAAUUAGAGGGGACGAUCCUUUAAGAGAAUUUUUCAACGGGGCGGAAUUUCCCAGAGUGAAAAGGCUGGACCUGCCAUUUUCCAGGGUAAAUUGGUCACUCGGGAAGGUUAAGGUGCCACAAAUUGUGGCCGCUUUUCCGAACAUUACAGAACUCCGGGUUGAUUCCGACCUCCUGCCAGUUCUGUUUGUGGAGGGGGGUUCAUCCCCAAGAUUCUUGUCCAAGUUGUGGAUCACUGGUGGCAUGUCGGGCUACAAGUGUAACGCCAUACUGCAUUUAACCCAGCCCCUUAAGCACCUCCACAUCGAGGAAGCCUUCGAUCCAUCCGUACACCAUUGGAAACCUGGUCACGACACCGACAUCUCGCCCUCUUUGUACGCCGUCCUCUCUAAAAACUGCCACACCUUGGAAUAUCUCGACCUCGGCCUGGCCGAACUGCGGGAAGACUCUGAAACCUGGAAAUUUCCAAGUUUUCCUAACCUCAAACGAUUAAACGUCAUGAAGGGAUUCUAUUCGAAUGACAACCAUGCUGUUCGUUUCGAUUCGGAAAUUUUAAACUAUUCAGAAACAUUUCCGAAGCUGGAGGAGUUGCAGUUCUCUCCAUGGGAGGGCGAUUGGACGCCCUAUUUCCAGUCCUUCUUUCCAGCGGGGAAACACAUUUGCGCAAGCGUGACACGACUCCACAUUUCGGACGGGAAGGAACACGCCAAUUUUAUUGAGAUGUUUAGAGAACGGGACCAGGGAAAAAUUAACGCCAGAUUUGUCCGAAUUCUAAAUUUGUUUCCAAAUGCGGACAACCUUUUCAUGCAGGAAUUGAAAAGUUAUUUAGUAAAGAAGGGACACAUUCUGAAACCAAGGAGUAACAAUAAUCGAAACCGGAAGUUCGGGAGCCAAACGAGAGCGAUGACGAAAAAGAAGAUGGGUUCUUCGUAUAAUUUUUACAGUUUGUAGCGCUGAUUUUUGUGAGUGAAACCAACGGAACCAAUAAUUAGGUUCGACUACGUCCCCCUUUUUACUCAACCUUUAAUAAAUUUUAUCUGUUUAUGUAACAUUAUUUUGGAGUAACAAUAAUCAAAACCGGAAGUUCUUGAGGCACCAAAAAUUGAUUUAUGUAGUCAAGAUUAGCACAGUUUUUAGAGCUGACCCAGCGUUUUCGCGAACUUACGGCGCUUAUAAUUAUUUUUUCGCAUCUGGUCAAGAACCGCAUUCAAUUAUUGUUUCUCUAAAGUGUUGUUCUUUCAAAGUAACCUAGUCAAAAAAAUAUCUGGCUUGAACAUGGUUUGCAUCCCUAUUCAAUUAUUACCUUUACUCUUUAUUGAGGUAACAUUUUGCAUGGUUCGCUUUUUAAGAGUUGCUUUUACUUUAGAGUUGCUUCUACUAUAGACUUACAGGACUGAAAAGUUAGUGAAAAGCUUACAAUUAGCGUUAAUAUUGACUGAAAUAAAUUUUACAAAUUUCGAAUUAAGAUUGUUUGUUACCUGUAUAAAAAACAGAUUCGAAAUUAAUUUGAUUAAUGCAUUUUAAUCAAUUCUAAUGUAUGUAUUAACAUUUUUAGUUAUUUAGUAACUCAAACCUUUUCUUGUUGUUCUUUGUUAAAAAUUUCAAUUGUUUUUGUCUAUUCAGCAAUUUUAAAGUGAAACGCGAAUUAUUGUCUAGAUACGUAUUUAUAUGCAAACAAUUAUUUAUGGUAAAUACAUUAACAAUUUCUAGCGAGGAAUUAAAUAAAGGGCGUCUCAUAUGUAAAGUGCAAAUGGAAAAAUGA